AUGUCGGGGGACGGCGAACGCUCCCCGUUGCUGCCCGCGGAGCUUGGCGAGCCGGGCACUCCCGGGGCCCUGGCCGGGUCUGGCGGGCUCGUCCCUUCCGCGCCGCUCCCACCCUACGGGGGCCCCGCGGCAGGGAAGCCGGCCCCGCCCCAUGGCUUCCCACCGUUCCCAGAUGGGCAUCCAGCUGUGCUGCCCGGCGAGGACCCCCCGCCCUACUCACCCAUGGCCAGCCCCGACAGCGGCAGCGCCCCCAUGAUCACCUGCCGCGUCUGCCAGAGCCUGAUCAAUGUGGAGGGCAAGAUGCACCAGCACGUGGUGAAGUGCAGCGUCUGCAACGAGGCCACGCCGAUCAAGAACGCCCCCCCCGGGAAGAAGUAUGUGAGAUGUCCCUGCAACUGCCUGCUGAUCUGCAAGGUGACGUCCCAGCGAAUCGCCUGCCCCCGGCCCUACUGCAAAAGAAUCAUUAACCUGGGCCCGGUGCACCCAGGGCCCCUGAGCCCUGAGCCCCAGCCCGUGGGAGUGCGGGUCAUCUGUGGGCACUGCAAGAAUACUUUCCUGUGGACAGAGUUCACAGACCGCACCUUAGCCCGCUGCCCGCACUGCCGCAAAGUCUCCUCCAUCGGGCGCAGGUACCCCCGGAAGAGAUGCAUCUGCUGCCUCCUCCUGGGUGUCUUAGUGGCUGUAGCUGCCACAGGCCUAGCGUUCGGCACGUGGAAGCAUGCCCGGCGGUAUGGUGGGAUCUACGCCUCCUGGGCGCUGGUCAUUCUCCUGGCUGUGCUGUGCCUAGGCCGGGCCAUGUACUGGGCCUGCAUGCGAGUCAGCCACCCCGUCCAGAACUUCUCCUGA